UUGCCCGCUCCCAUCACUGCGAUCCUGCGCUGCCGUUACCGGCUCCGCUCCCUCGCGCGCUCACUCGUCAUCCCUCUCGGUGUUUCAGCCGAGGGGCUGCGCGCGCUAUUUGCGCUAUUGAUACCCACUUUACACUGUGUGCGUGGAAAGUCAGCAUCUCCUCCUCGCUCGCUCUGUCCUCCUCUCUGGCUGCGCAACCUCACAGGGAGGUGUUAACUACUUUUGCUUCCCCAAAGCGCCUCCCGUUACGCGGACGGGCCACUCUUACUGACAUCCCACUCUGCACAAAGUUUUGGUUUGUUGUGAGGAUAAAAAAGACGCCGGAAGCCAAGCAGUCGUCUUUAGAAGAAGCGGACUCGCCGGACCGAGGGAGUUUCUCCUUUGAUGUUGGAUGCUAGUCUACACAGCUUUGAAGCUCAUCUAGAUCAAGUCCGAGCUGCUACUUGAUACUAUUUUGGUGACCAUAUGAAGACGAAGAACCAGCUUUGAUGAACCUCGGAUGUCUUAGCACCCUUGGGCUUCCACAAUAUUUCCAGCAAACUCUCCAAGAAGGAGGCUUUUACUGCAUUUUGCUCUGAACUGAACAAAGUCAAGCACGUGGCAUGAAAUGAUUUGAACUGAGCUCAAGAUCCACUUAAGAGAGAUAAAUGGAACCUAGGCAUUGACUAAAACUCCUUAACGAUACCUUUUCUACAAAGGGCUCUUUCUGAGCCCCAUACAUUAAAAAGCCUCAACUUGCUUAGUACUUACUUCUCCAACCAAAUUCUUUGACUUCCUCAGACCUCCUCUUUCCCAAGGAGGAACCUUGUCCUCCUCUUCUUCUGAAACAUUAGAUUAAGCACUCUCUUCCAUCCAAACAUGGACCUCCACAGGGCAGCCUUUAAGAUGGAGAGUUCCUCCUACUUGCCCAAUCCCUUGGCCUCGCCAGCCCUCAUGGUCCUGGCGUCCACUGCUGAGGCUUCUCGUGAUGCAUCCAUUCCCUGUCAGCAGCCACGUCCUUUCGGGGUCCCAGUUUCUGUUGAGAAAGACGUCCAUUUGCCGUUCAAUAACGGCUCCUACACCUUUGCAUCCAUGUACCACCGUCAAGGCGCGGUGCCACCAGGAUUCCCAAACAGAGACUUUCCUCCGUCCCUGCUCCACCUCCAUCACCAGUUUGCCCCACCUAACCUGGACUGCUCACCCAUCAGCAUGCUGAACCACAGUGGCGUCGGCGCCUUCAGGCCCUUUGCAUCACCUCCAGAAGAUCGCGACGGAGCCCCGGGUGGCUACCAGUCCGCCUUUACCCCGGCCAAGCGCCUGAAAGGCUGUUUGGACGCAGAGGCUUCGCCCCACCUUCGCUACUCUGAUGCUGAGGGAAAAGAGUAUGAUUUUGGUGGGGCUCAGAUCCCACCUGGAGGCUCGCCCAGCAGCGCACUGAAGGCAGUGGAAGACAGCGGGAAAAAGAUCUUCGCCGUGUCAGGUCUCCUGUCUGACCGAGAAACGUCCUCCAGCCCAGAGGAUCGCAUUGAACGCUGUAAAAAGAAGAUGUCCUUGUAUGACAGCCAGGCUCCAGUCUGUCCCAUCUGCCAGGUACUGCUCCGGCCCGGAGAGCUGCAAGAACACAUGGAGACAGAGAUUGAGAGGCUAGCUACCAUCUGCCUCAAUAAGAUCCCUUCAUCGAAAGACGGAGCAGCCACUCCAGGAACUCCCAAGUCCAUGCUGUUGUCAGUGCACAUCAAGCGUGAGGGAGAGUCUCCAGUGGUCUCACCUCUGUCCUCUGAAGACGCGCACCACUCCGACAGAUAUCAGACAUUUUUACGAGUUCGGGCAAACAGGCAAACAAGAUUGAAUGCCCGUAUAGGGAAGAUGAAGAGGAGGAAGCCAGAGGAUGGGGGGCAGGUAUGUCCACUGUGCAACGCCCCAUUGGCUGGGAGCGAGGAGGAGAUGAAUAGACAUGUGGAGCUAUGCCUUAUCCAGCACGAGGGUGCAUUGGGUGAAGAUGACUCUGCAGACAUGGAUGGAGAGAAUGGGCGGGGAUUUGACGAGUACGAGUGGGCGGGACAGAAAAGGAUCAGAGCCACAGCUUUGCUGGAAGGAGGCUUCAGAGCAACAGGUUUUGCCACGUGUAGUAUCAAGGACAGCAUGGCAGACAGCGAUGCAGACCUUGAUGUGGAUGGCGAUGACACCUUAGAGUAUGGAAAAGCCCAGUACACAGAAGCAGAUAUUAUUCCCUGCUCUGGAGCUGGAGAAGACCAAGGAGAGGCAAGAGAAAGGGAGGCGCUGCGGGGAGCUGUGCUAAAUGGUGGAAUGCCUUCUAACAGAAUAACUCCGGAGUUCUCAAAAUGGGCCAGUGAUGAAAUGCCUUCAACAAGUAAUGGAGAGAGCAGCAAGACAGACCAAAACACACCUUCAUCCUCCUCCUCGUCCUCCUGUGCUCCACGCACCUGUAAAAACAGCGAGAUAGAAAAGGUAACAGAGGAGGAGUCUGCAGCUACCACCAUGGAAGCUCUGAAGGCUCGAAUUAGGGAGCUGGAGAAGCAGAUACUGAGAGGAGACCGAUACAAGUGUCUCAUCUGUAUGAGGAAGCCUGCUCUCCAGCCAGGUACGGAGAUCAAGAGCCUAGGGCCACUGGCCAAUGAGGUCAGGGAGAGGCAGGCUAAGUCCCUUCCCCUUGGCCUGUACUGCCUGUACAGGGGCCUUGUGAUUGGUGGCUACGGCAGCGACAUAAAGAGGCUCCUCCCACAGCCCCUACGGAGGGACUCUUACACAAUGCCGCUCACCUCCAUCCAGUGCUGGCACGUCCACUGUGAAGAAUGCUGGCUCAGGACUUUGGGGAACAAGAAGCUGUGCCCACAGUGCAAUACCAUCACCUCACCAGGAGACCUGAGGCGCGUCUACUUAUAAAGAGCACAUCCCUCACCUCUCCGUCCAUUGCUCCUUCCAUCUUGGAUUUCAUCAUCCUUCCAUUCGAUCGUCAUUUUUUAAUUUUCUCUUUCUGUCGUGGCCUGGAUCACUGAAGCCUCUUAAGAGUAUACAGAGACUAAACCAGCUGUCUGGGAGACUCUGCUUACUCUUAAAUAGGAUGAGACUGACUUGACUGAUGAAUCAACACUCACAGACCCUCAGGCGUACUGCCUGGCCACACAGGAUAAAUAUUAAAAAAAAACUUUGAAACACAGACUUGCAGUCCCUCUACUCAGCAGGAUUGGUUGCUGCACCUCAUAGACUCGUGCUACAUGCAAUGUGUGAUAUUGCGCACAUCUAUGCCCUGUUGAGACCUUGUGUCCAUACACUGUUGGGGGCUUGACCUGAUUGAACUUCUUAAUAAAGAAUAUAAAGACUUGUUUUGCCCGUCUAGCUCUUUGGUGUUUUGGUGGUGGCGAUCAGUUGCCUAUAUCCCGAACACACUGAGAGAAUCCUAUCUUCACGCACUGUUGCUUAAGAGAAUUUUGAAAUAGGCCACUAAAACUGAGCUUUCAACCAAACUGAAAAUAACCUCAAAACCUUGAAAAAGGAGUUUGACACUCCUCUAGUGCUCUGCCUCCACCUCUUCUCUUUCCUACAAACCCUCCCCUUUUCCCUCUUUUGUGGUGUUUUAGUGAAGUAAACCAAAUUUUUUCUUCCCUCUUAGAUGCAGUGCAAGCACAUGUAUUAUAGGUCUAUGUAUGUUUACAGUGUUGGGUGUAAAUGACAUAGUUUGUGCACGCACAUAAACAUGGAUGCAAACACAUUUGCCAUUAUCAGACAAAGAUACAGACACAUACACAUACCCAUCAAGGGAAUAUAAUAUCAAAAUUCUGUUUUAAGUUGGGAGGUGUGAUGUAAUGAUGUUUGGGGCAAAAAUGGCUGCAAGGGAAAAAAAGCCGUAUUGUAUUUUUAAAAAAUAUGAAUAUUUCAAGAGCUGUUGGAUUUUAUUUCACUGUACAGGAACAAAAAAAUCUAAAAAAAUGCUCGAGAUUAUAGAUGGUCAAGAUUUAGGUGGUGUAAUUCUUCUGAAAGUUACUGGUUAGAAUUCUGUUGCCCAAAUUUUUUUCCAACAAGCAGAACAAUUAAACCUGUUCCAACUGGGCCUUGUCUUUUAAAGUCAAAUUUCAACUUAAUUUUGGUUGAAGCAUCAACAUUCUCAAAUCAUAGUUUAGAGGUUCCUUUUUUAUGGUUAGAAGAAAGCUUUCUUUUGUUGCUCUAAUGCUCUUAUGUUGGAAAUAAGUUCCAAAAUGACACUCUCAUCCCACAAACAGCAGUUUUUUUUCCCAAGCUAUCACAGAUGUGCAGGGUUUCUGGAAAAGGAUGUGCAAGACUGAACUGGCAACGUCAAUACUUCCCCUUUUACCUUUACAUCAGCAGCAGCCAAGGUGGUGGUGUGCUUUGUGUUUGUAAAACUAUGUAUUUUGUGAUGUCUGUAUUGUUGUAAAAAAAUGCUGAAAAAAAAUUUAAUAAAACAUCUCAAAUCCUGUGAGUGGUUCUGGUCUCACACUGGGAGGUGGAGAAAAAAUGUUCCUGUGCUCACUGAAGGAGAUGGCCUUAAAGCAAAAGACACACAGGUGCAUAUUUUCAAGAAGACUUUGUGUGAAAUUUCAGCCUCACAAGUGUUUGCCCUUUCUGGGGGAUGAUUAUUUGGUCAACUCCAUCCUUUGUGAAACCAUGUUAAAACAACAAUUUGUUGAGACAAAGAAAUAGAUUCUUGGGCACAGAAAGCAAGACUUAAAAAACAUAGCCUUUCUUUGUUUUCAGUCUUUGUGUAGUUAAACGUCCUCAUUCGCCAAAACUGAGGAAGUAAGGAUCCAAUGCUGCGCAGUUCUCAUUGUGAUUCCUCCAAUGUUCUGUUGAUUUGAGCUUGCCCUAAAGAUGGUUUACUGCACAAAAGAAUUGUGUCAGAAUCAAUUUGUGUCUUGUAUAUUCUUGAGAAUGGUACAUGUCUUUCCUGUUUGUAAACUACACUUCAUAUUAAUUAAAUGAUUGUAAAUCUCA